GUAAUGAGGGGGAUGCAAACUGUUUUGUAUGAAAACGUAAUUUAGAUGUAAAGGAAUAACCAAAGACAGCCAAGCUGAACAGAAGUCAUUAAGUGCUAAACACCAAAACAGGGAAUACUCCAGGACCAAGGCAGGGAACCUGUGCAAUAGAGUGGUAAGGGGAUGACGUCAUUUCGUAGCACCAAAACCCGGAAACGAGUUAGCAUUUUAGCCCUUCCUUGGUAUAAGUGAGAGAAUUUAGUAAUCUAUAGUACGAAUAACUAGUAUAUAGCUAUUUAUCUCUUUAUUUUCUUUUAUUUAUGCAGUAUUGUUUUGGCAUUAUUAUUAUUAUUAUUAGUGUUUUUUCUAUUUAUUUUUAUUAUUAUUAUUUUAUUUUUAUUUUUUUAAUUACUAUUAUUAUUAUUUAUUUAAUUAUUUCCCCCCCUGCCAAGCUACUGCCCACACUCCAGUCCAGUAGGUGGCGGUAAUGCACCUUUAGUGGUUUAGUGCUCACAAGUUACUAAAUGGGACUACAGACGUAGUCAGGGACAUUAAACGUCAUCAAGCCGAACAGGACAAAACUUUGCAGAUAAACUGGUUCAGCUAUGCUGUGCACAAUCCCUCCAAAAACGUGGAUGAAUAUUCAUCUGUAUUAUGGAAAAUGUUUUUAAAUCAAGUUUGGAAAAGUUGUCGUAAGCUUGGUGAUGGUGACGUUCAAGUCGAGCGACCGUGGUGUAGUUCGUUUAUAGCCUUCAAUUAGCUUUUUAUUUCUGGAGAUUGUAUUUAGGCUUCAAACUUCAUAAAGGUUGUGUUCACUUUUGUCGAUCAUAGAGCUUGUGUUUUUGCGAAAAUCCCAAACCCUAUGGGAAAAUCCUAUUGGGUUUUUGUCGAGGGAACCAGUGUAAUGCUAACUUCCGGGUUCCGGUACAAAAUGACAUCAUCACUGUGCGUUUCAUGAAUAACUGGAACGAUAGGCAGCAGUUAGAGUUGGUCUUUAAGAGGACUUUUAUUUUGCUAGAUUCUGGUCACAGAGAUGUUAUUGUGGCUCACUUCCGCAAAGAGAAUGCCAGCUCAGAGAGGAUGCUGUAUAGCCUGCACUGUAUUUGUAGCUAAUGCAUAUAAGAUAAUGUCCACGAUGCUUAAAUUUGAUAUAUGAGUCUACGUGAGAUGUUUGCGUUUGAUGGGAGAUCAGUGUUAAGUUUAGUAAAAGAGUGGUUUGUUAUCUGAGUGGUCGUGGCCUUUUUCGGACCUGUUAUGCUAGCAGACUGUGGAGCAGAACCCCGGUGAUGUGGAGGAGCUCGGAUGGAGCUUGUGUGUUCAGUGCUGUUCCUGCGAGUUGAAGCGAAAACAAAGCCGUGUUGGUGUAAUAUGUCAACAACAUCAUGAACCUGAAAAAGUCCAGAAAUAUCGCAACCUCCAACGUCUCUUUAGAUGGGAUUGGAAAGCAAGACGCUGACCCGAAGAGGAAGCGGAAGAUGGCCGACAUCACACAGGCUCUGAAUGCGACACCUGUCGACGUAGGCACGCUGAGGAGGAUGGCCAUCAGUGAAGGGGGGCUCAUGACCGACGAGAUCCGCUGUAAAGUCUGGCCUCGGCUAUUGAACGUCCCUGUAGAGAACAUGCCUGAAAAACUUGAUGAAGUGAAUAGAGAGAAUAAUAAGGACUACAACCAGGUGCUCUUGGAUGUGCAGAGAUCCCUGAGACGCUUUCCUCCAGGUAUGCCUGACGAGCAGAGGAUGGGACUGCAGGAGGAGCUGAUCAACAUCAUCCUGCGCGUGCUGCAGAAAAACCCCCAGCUGCACUAUUAUCAGGGCUAUCACGACAUCGUGGUCACCUUCCUGCUUGUGCUGGGAGAACGUCUUGCCACUGCACUGGUCGAGAAACUCUCUACACACCAUCUCAGGGACUUUAUGGACCCCACCAUGGACAACACAAAACACAUCCUCAACUACCUAAUGCCGAUUAUAGAGCGAGUCAACCCGGAGGUGUACGACUUCAUGCAACAAGCCGAGGUGGGCACCAUCUUCGCCCUGAGCUGGCUCAUCACCUGGUUCGGCCAUGUGUUAUCAGAUUUCCGCCACGUAGUGCGGUUGUACGAUUUCUUCUUGGCUUGCCAUCCACUGAUGCCAAUUUAUUUCGCUGCUGUGAUUGUGCUGUAUCGGGAGGAGGAGGUGCUGGACUGUGAGUGUGACAUGGCCAUGAUGCACCACCUGCUCUCUCGGAUCCCUCAGGAUCUCCCCUACGAGACCCUGAUCAGCCGAGCCGGAGACCUUUUCGUACAGUUCCCUCCAUCCGAGCUGGCAAAGGGAGCGACUCGGGAGCGCACUCAGCAAACGGCCGCGUCCACCUUCACAGACUUUGAGCUGGUCUCGGCGCAGCAGCGGCCCGACACAGUGCUUCGCCGCAGGCGGAGAGAGCAGCAGCAGGAGCAGCAGCAGCAUGGUGGUACCGCGAACCCUCAGCGUGGCACCGUGGCCGUGAUUCGACCUGCUGCACGCCGACUUGUCAGACUGGCAGUGAUGGGCAUCACCGUGGCACUGGGGGCUGCUGCAUUGGCUGUAGUGAACUCUGCUCUGGAAUGGGCACCUAAACUCAACCUCCUGUUCCCUUAACAUGAACUGAACAGGCCUGUCUCUCUCCAAGCACUUUGAGAUGGGCUGCCUUCAUUUAUUUAUAUUUAUAUUUGUGAGGCCUAAUUAAUGUCAUGCUAAGAGAGAUUACAGUAAAGUGUUUUCCCCCAUAGGUUUAAGCUGAGGAUCUGGAAUGUAUGAUGAGUAACACACUACUGAGCCAUUCGAAGUAUUUGUGUUGUUCGAGAGAAACGGUGUAAGUUUUUAUUUGAACACGUUUGCCUAAAUAUGGAGUUGAAUUGUUGAAAAGUUUGUACGUUUCCUUAUUCUGUAAUUAUUCAUUUUGUACAGUACAACUUGUACAAUGGGUUUACACUUUACUCUUUUACUAACACUUUCUG